AUGCCCGGUCGUGUGAGGUCGCCCUUGCAUUCGACCGUGGGAGCCACCUUGCAACAGCGGCGAAAGCACGCCGUCUCGGAUCCCCCAGCCCCCGAAGGAGACUUUGCUGGUACGGGCGAGAACUCGGAUCUGACCGUUCCCAACGCACCGUUUGCGGCUGAGCAUCGAAGCCAGAGUCACAACUCGUUGUCAGCCUCGGGCAGGCAGAGUCCGAGGUUCAUGCAGUCUGUGAAAAGGGCUGCGGAUAGGUUGGGUCUGGACGUAGACGACUAUGACCGACCGAAGGGAGCCAAGAGUGGUGCAGGUGUCUUUGGUGCGCUCAUCCAGGGCGCCGGAUCGUUGACCGGGGCCGCUACGCCUGCUGGUGCAUCCCUGACGGCCAACGCCAAGAGGCCCGGCUACCGCUUGUCUAGGUACUCUGUCGGCGACGGACCUCGCGAGAGUGGGGAUAAUUCGCGACCCACCUCGCUGUACGAGCGAUCUGAAACCCCGCAGAGCGCUACUCGUGUCAAUACGGACGAGUCUCCUACCAGUCAGACCCAGAUGAUGCCCUCCAGCAACGCGCUCAAUCGACCCGCCACGACCGACAACCGUACCCGUCCCACCGCCAUCGAAUUGCCUCCCCGCACUCGAUCUGGCAAGCCGUUCAGCAUCAAGUCGUUUACGGACCUCACCCAUCUGCCCUUGACACCGGGCUCUCACUUCAAGAACUUUAUGAGCGGCAAGGGAAGCCAGCCUGGAACGCCUCCGAGCGAGUACGGCGAUCGCGGUUCGGACUACUUUACCGAGAAACCCACCAAAUGGCAGCUCGAGGACGAUCGCAAGCGCGAAAAGUGGGAGGCCGAAAAGAAGAAGAGGAAGAAGGCCAAGGAGAAGAAGAAGCAGCAGGAAAUCUUCAUCAUCCAGCACGUCGCUGCCAUCUUGGCGAGGCAGCAGUUUUUGAUGAAGUUGAUUCGUGCUUUCAUGAUGUUCGGUUCUCCUACGCACAGGCUCGAGGCCCAAAUUCAGGCUACCGCUCGUGUCCUCGAACUCACCUGCCAGGUCGUCUCCUUGCCUGGCCUCGUCUUGAUCUCGUUCAACGACGACGCCACUCACACCAGCGAGACGAAAUUCUUAAAGCAAGCCGGAGGUCUUGACCUUCAGAAGCUUUUGGCUACGCAUCACCUCUACUGGGACGUCGUCCACGACCAGCUGUCCGCCGAGGAAGCGUCGAAACAGCUGGACAUCUUGAUGACUUCCAAGCCGCACUACCCCUUGUGGGCUCAGAUCGUCAUCGGAGGGUUCUGCAGUUCCUUCAUUUGUUGCGUCGCUUUCUACGGAAGUUUCAUCGACGCCCUCAUUUCGUUCCCGUUGGGUAUGCUCCUGGUCGCCAUUCAGAUUCUGGCCUCCCGGAACGACCUAUACUCGAACGUCUUCGAAAUCGUCAUCGCCACCAUCCAGUCCUUCCUGGCGGCCGCUCUGGCUUCUUCCAACUACUUUUGUUACACCGCCGUCACGUCAUCCGCCAUCGUGCUCAUCCUUCCCGGUUACAUCGUUCUCUCCGGCUCUCUGGAGCUGGCUAGCAGGAACAUCACUUCGGGUAGCGUCAGGAUGGGGUACUCUGUCAUCUACUCGCUCUUCCUGGGUUUCGGUAUCGCCAUCGGAGCAGAAUUUUACCGCCGUAUCACCGGCAGCGAAGUCUCUGGUGAUGGAAGGGAUUGGGACUGUCACAUUACACAUUACCCCGGAGCACCUUGGUAUCUGCAAACGGUCCCGGCUUGGUGGUACUUCCUCAUCGUCCCGGGUUACUCGUUCUGGCUGUCUCUCAGGCAAUCUCAGCCUAUCUUGGCCAAAGAAUUGCCUGCAAUGGUUCUGAUCUCGUGCGCAGGGUGGAGUGCGAACCACUUUUCUGCCAAAGCAUUCCCCAAUCGUGCCGAUAUCACCUCUGCCAUUGGGUCGUUCUGCGUCGGUCUGCUCGGCAACGUCUGGGGACGUUUCUUCAAAGGGACCAGCUUCGUCGUCAUGUUGGUCGGGGUACUCUUCCAGCUUCCCUCGGGUCUCGGAAACGGUGGACUGUUCAACUUUGCUGCUGAGAGCGCUGACGGUAGCUCGACAUCGUACUCGACCGGUUUCCAAGUCGCACAGCAGUUGGUGCAGGUCGCCAUCGGUUUGACAGUCGGUCUGUUCUUAUCGGCCAUUGUCGUUCAUCCUUUCGGAGGUGGACGACGACGCGGAGGAUCUGGUAUCUUCUCGUUCUAG